GCUUCCGGAUGCGAAGCUACUGCCAGUAGUGGGCUUGGCUGGGUGGCGGGGCCUUCCGCUCUCGCUGCCGACUGGCAGUGGGUUGUAGUCGGGGGAAAUGGAGCUCGAGACGGAGGCGUUGUUGCAGGACGCGCACGAGAGCAUCGAGGCGGCGCGUACCUACCGCCGUGAGCUGCAGCAACGCCUAAAAGGACUGCACCUGGCUCGCCAGCAGAUUAAAAGCAGUGCUGCACAAACCAGGGAGGUGCUGGAACAGCAUUUCAAUGACUUAAAAGGGACCUUGAAGAAGUUGCUGGAUGAACGACUGAUCUCCUUGCUCCAGGAAGUGGAUGGCAUAGAACAGGAAAGUAUCAAACCAUUGGAUGAGUGCCAGAAGCUCAUAGAACAUGGAGUUGGGACAGCCAAUGAACUUGUCCAGGAAGGUGAAAGUGCCAUUUGUGGGGUUACAGGGGAGAACAGUGACAAGCUGUGCAGUUUUACAAAAAAGGCUUUGCGUAUUCAGCUGGACAGUUUACCUGAAGUGCCAUCGCUGGUUGAUGUGGCUUGCUUAUCUGCUCAGUUGGAUGACUCCUUUCUUACAAUAAUGAAAAGCUAUAUCUUUAGCCAUGGAACUGUAGCAUCUCGGCCACCUAUACAAAUAGAAGAACUGAUUGAGAAGCCUGGGGGGAUCUUAGUACGGUGGUGCAAGGUUGAUGAGGACUUCAUCCCACAAGACUACAGACUUCAGUAUCGCAAAAGUACCACUUGCCAUUUUGAAGAUGUGUAUGUUGGUUCAGACACAGAAUUCAUGGUGUUGCACAUUGAUCCCAAUGUGGAUUACCAGUUCAAGGUUUGUGCGCGGGGAGACGGCCGUCAGGAAUGGAGCCCAUGGAGUGUUUCUCAGAUUGGGCGUUCCACGCUAGUGCCUCAUGAAUGGACUCCUGGCAUUGAGGGCUACAGCUUGAGCAGCCGAAGAAACAUAGCCCUUCGAAACGAUUCACAGGCAGGUGGGGUGCUGUAUUCCAAGGCUCCAACUUACUGUUGUGGUCAGACGCUGACUUUCCGAAUUGAAACAGUUGGCCAGCCAGACAGGAAAGACAGUAUUGGUGUUUGUGUUGAGCAGCAGAAUGGCUAUGAUUCUUUGCAACGAGAUAGAGCUGUGUGCAUUAGUACCAAUGGAGCUGUUUUUGUAAAUGGAAAAGAGAUGACAAACCAGUUGCCUGCUGUGACUUCAGGGUCAGCUGUAACAUUUGACAUGGAAACUGUGAAUUUAGGCCCUUGCAAUAAUAAUGGGGGGAACUUCAAACUCAGAGUGACAAUUAGUUCCAACAACAGGGAAGUGGUCUUUGACUGGGUACUAGAUCAGUGCUGUGGUUCUCUGUAUUUUGGGUGCUCAUUCUCCUAUCCUGGCUGGAAGGUUUUGGUGUUCUAAUUUGUAGACCGAGAACUAGCCAUUGUCUUUCGGUUGCAUCAUUCAAAGGGUUGGGACUCAAAUGGCACAAUUAUUUGCUCAUCCAGGUUAUUACAUUUGUGUGUCUUUUUUAUACUGCUGUUGGUUCAGACAGGAGUGAGCUGCUUGAUGCCACCCAUCUAUGAGAAGAACAUUACUUGAACUCUGUCCUCUCUACUGGAUCCACCUAAAAUACUGGUGAAACACUGAGUAACCUGGAAAAUUUAAAUAAGCUUUUGUGUUUGCUAGCAACAUCACAAAAUUUGAGUAUUACUUUUAGCUCUCCCCAUUUUGAUGCUCUCCAGAAGUGCUGGACAUCAUCUUCCACAAUCUCUAGUCAAUCUAGCCAAAGUCCUUAGUGGAAGGAGGAUCAUAGUAAUCGUAGUCCACCUCUGGAGAUCACCAAGAUGGGAGUGUUGUUUCUGAAGAAAAAGGUAGAGAUGAUCCUAUUACUGUGGUCCUAUCUAUGCUUGGUUAUGCUUACUAAUAUUGCCUAGUGUUAUUCUUUGGCUCAGGGUUAAUGGACCAAGUUGUAUGUAUGUUUUCCUAUUCAUCAGAGUUCGGUACUGAAAUGGUAAACUGUACCUCAACCUAUUCCUGCCAAAAGUUUUUGUCCAUUGGGCACUAAGAAUUUUUGGCAACUACAUUAUCCUUUUCCUGCGGUGCCUUUCUAUUUACUGCAGAAGAAAUCUGAGCUGAAAUAUUUGUUUUGAUGAGGAAUACCUAUGUGCCUUAGUUUGAGGCCUUUGCUGAACAAUACUGCACGUGUGAAAGAGAAAAUUUCAUUUAUGAUCCAGUGCCACUGAAUUUUGGCACUUAAUCAGCAUUUUUAUGCUCCUCUAUGCUGCUUCAGAAACAUUGAAGUGCUUCCUACAGCUAGUGCCUUUUUCAAGAUGGUAUCUCACAGUCCCAGGAAAUGUUUAGGACACAAAUAUUGUAGAUGCUUUCUUAACCUUUGUACGAAACCUAAGAGUUUGUGUAGCAAACAAAUUAUGUUUACCAUACCUGUCUUUAGCUAGACUUGAGUUCAAAUAAUUUUAUAGAAACUGAGGUCAGGCCAGCAUGGUAUGCAAAUGAACUUGCAACCAAGGAGGUUCCAUAUAGAAAAGAAUGCAUUAUAGAGGCAAAAGAAUGCAUUUUAGAAUUUUGUUGACAUAACCAGAGUUAGCAGAUGAGCCAGGUAGUGAUUUUAAGCAGAGUGUAGCAACUGUAGCAUACCUGCACAGCCUCUGCAGUUAAUUACUGGUUUGCCCUCCUGACUUGGGCAAAUGAAAUCCCUCUUUUUGAGCAGUUUUCAAUGGGAUCUCCUUUAUAUGAUUAAAUUGCCUGCAUGCCUAUUUCCAAAAAUGGGGAACCCAGUCUUGGCAGCCUUCUCUUUGUAGUAGGGGCAUCCUGUUAAAUAAGAUUUGCAAUCAGUUUCUUUCUUACUGUAGAUCUUCCACCCCAGACACAGAGGCUUUUGCUGUAGUACUUAGCUGCCAUAUCCUGUCUUGCAAGUAAUUGAAAGAAGCUGCUGAUAAAAAGAAGGGCGAAAUUCCUCCCUUCUCCUCUUAUACAGUCAUGUUGCCAGCUAGGAGAACUGUAGUUUCAGCACUAAGUAAAAGUUUUCAUCCGGUAUAAAAAUCUCAUAAUUGGUAGUAGGUAUUUUGGUUCAGGAAUAUGUAACUGAGCCUAAUCAUGGGUCUAAUACAAUCUGAUGUUUUCUAGAUAUUUUUGACUUCAUUUCCUGUUGGUUAUGCUGGCUCAGAAUUACGGGAUUGAAGUUCCAAGACAUCUGGAGGCCGUAGUUUGGGGAAGGCUAGUUGAACACUUCUGUGGAGCAGAACUUAAAUGAAAAUGUUUAAUACUAAAGUCCCCCUCCCCCCAUCUCGAGAUAUCCUGUAAGAAGCUGGGAUUUAAGGAUUUCUUGAGCUAUAUAGUAUCAUCUCUCUCCCCCCACCCCCAUUUAAAAUCAAGCCAUACAAAAUUCCUCUCUUGCACACAGAUGAAUCACCACCUUGCCUUAUUUUUAUGUGAAUAUAAGCUGGGGAAAGGGUAUUAAUGUAUUAAUGUUCCUCUCUAAGAAUGUCAGAAGCAAACCAGUUCACCCAUAAACUUUUUGUAUUUCAUUAUUGAUCUCUGUGAAUCUGUAUGUGAGCAUAAAACAGGACUGGCACAUAAAAAGUAACGAGAUAGAGACGGUUCACCUUUAGCUUUGGAGUGUGUGUUCAUUGUAUAAUGGUAGGUUGGAAGUUCUUCCUUCUUUCUAGAAUGCUACGCAUAAAUCAGGACUUACAAAGAUAUUCUUCCAUGUGUGCACUGUUUCCUCUCACUGAGGGCUGGCCAAAGGACAUUCACAAUCUCGUAUACUGUACAUCAUAUAAA